UCCGUGUACAGCUUCUUAUCACUGUCCAAAUACCACAGAUAUUAUGCUUUCGUUCUUCCCAAGUGCAUCUUCUCUACAAAACAAGUGAUGAAAAGCCGGUAUUCCUCCUUGUGGAAUCUUUCAACGAGGCAUGUAAAAAGAACAGUUAUUAAGCUACUGAAUGAAAGACUGCUUUCCUUUAUUGUCUUUAUAAUAUUUUUUUCUAUUUCAGAUGGAAAAACCUGGUGGAGGCAUGAGGCGUCGACUCCCCAGCAUCACCUGAAGAACUGGAAGGUGAUGCUGUGGGUGGUGGCGUCAUUGCUGACACUAGUAGAAGACGUGUUUUCUGAGGAGGACAAUAAAGAGGCUCAGGCAGACCUCCGGCGUGUCCUCAGGCAGCCCUCCUUGUCUCCUGCGGAGGAUCUGGAACAGGACAACAGGGUCCACACACCCUGGCCUAAAGCCCUCGAGGAGUGGUCACUGAUGCAGGAAGAGGAAAUCCAGCAGAGCAGAUGGCGGCGCUCCCAUCGCGACCCAAACUUGCCCAGAACGUCACGGAGGAAUCGCAAGAAGACCAAGAGCAGUCGCGACUGCCACCUGGAGAGGAAGCAGAUGCGGGUGCGGGAUCUCGGUCUCGGCUACGACUCGGACGAAAUAGUCCUCUUUAAGUACUGCGUUGGGAUAUGCCACGACUCCCGCAAGAACUACGACCUGGCCCUGAAGGCUCUUAUGGACAAUGGGAGCAUCUCCGGCAAGAAGGUCAGCGGUCACCCCUGCUGUCGGCCCACCCGUUACGAGACUGUGUCCUUCAUGGACACCCAGACUACCUGGCAGACAAUUAAGUGGCUCUCGGCGGCCAACUGCAGCUGUGUGGGCUGAGUGCAAAGAAGAGUGUCCAUCUGCACACAGAAAAUUUCUUGUGUGAAAAGAGCAGGAUGCCGCAAGGCCUGGGUGACUAAACCCUAGUUCAUGUGGUCUGAGGCGAGAGGAUUGGACCAGGAUCCUCAGCACAGUGGCCAUGGCUUUCACUCCACUAACAGCUUGGAUGUUGGAGUUGCGAUACCUUCAGACAGAACCACGCUGGCUAUGUUUGCUAGCAGCCCGGGGCAAUGGAAGGUUUGUUUCAAUGCUACCAGCAAUAAGCAAGGAGGAGACUAUCAGUACUGUUCCAGUCCAUAAUGGA